GCAGAGCUGCGUUUUUUUUUUAUUGCUGAUUCACGAUGACUUCGGAGCUGGCGGGAGCUGAUCUGGAGACAAUGCCGCCGGUGUCACAGAAGAAGACGCAGGCGUUUGUGAAUCACUAUUUGAUGGAGACCGUGAACUGUUUGAACAGAGUGGCGGAGACGUGUACUCUCAAACUGGACGCCAUUUGUGUGCAAAUGGACAGGAUGGAAACGUCGUUGAGUUUGCUUGAGAAUAAGCUGGCUUCAAUCCCUGGAAUCGACGCCCGAAAUCCAGCGAACCCUGUGGAGAAUGCUGUUGAUAUCAAGAAUCCAGUUGUCACACCGCGAACUGGAUACAUUCAAGAUUUGCGAACUGAAGAAAAACCGCCAAAAGAAGUUGGAGAAGAGGAUGUUCAAGACCAAACGCGGAUUAAGGCGGAAGAAAGUGAAGUGAAACCAACUGUGGACCCACAAUUGAUCAAAUUUCAUAAGAUGCUGCAGUUCGGCGUACCUUUGAUGGCUGUGAAGCAGAAGAUGGCUGCUGAAGGAUUUGAUCCCAACCUUCUUCAGUAUGAUUUUCCGAUUUAUUCUCUAUGAAUCUCUGUCGGUGUUUGGGGGUGCUUGUUUUUUCAGCGGAGAAUGCGUAAGAAAGUGCACAGGAUGUUCUACGAUGUGAUGUCGCACCAGAACGCGGCUGUGAUCUGCUUCCUUUGUCUCUUGGUGCUCGUCAUUUCUGCAUUCCAAUUCGGCGAGGUGUGGGUUGACUGGAGCCGAGGAACGUACGCAUCUGUGUUCAAUCAAUACGAUGACAAUAUUUUGGGGAAAUCCUUUCAAAGC